UUGAACAAUUCGAUUAUGUUCUUAACAAGAAGUGAGUACGAUCGUGGUGUCAAUACAUUCUCACCAGAAGGACGUCUUUUCCAAGUUGAAUACGCUAUUGAAGCUGUUAAGCUUGGAUCAACCAGUAUAGGCAUACGUACAAACGAGGGUGUCGUGUUGGCGGCUGAAAAACGUGCCACAUCGAAGCUGAUGGUAAACGAUGCCAUCGAGAAGAUCUCGAAAGUUGACUCACACGUCGCCGUCACCUUUGCGGGUUUGAUUGCCGAUUCACGAACGUUGGUGGAACGUGCGCAAAUCGAAGCGCAAAACUUUUGGUUCACUUAUAAUCGUAAAAUUCGUGUGGAAGAUGUCACAAUGUCAGUGGCGAAUUUAGCGUUACAGUUCGGUGAUGACGAUGUUAAAGCUUCGAUGUCUCGUCCAUUCGGUGUAGCAAUGCUUUUUGCUGGUGUUGAUCAAGAAGGACCUAAACUAUUCCAUCUGGAUCCAUCUGGGACGUUUAUCGAUUGUUUAGCGAAGUCGAUUGGGGCAGCUUCAGAUGGUGCUGAACAAAACUUGAAGGAGCAGUAUCACGAAUCAACAACGUUAGUUGAAGCCGAGAAGAUAGCUCUGUCGAUUCUGAAGCAAGUUAUGGAAGAGAAAUUGACUAGUUCGAAUGUUGAAAUCGUUACGAUCACACCAACCACUGAUCAAAACGGUCGUAAGACGGGCAAAUUUGACCGAUUAACAAAAGAGCAAUUGGAUGUACUUGUUGCGGAUUUGUGA